GAGUUAAAUAUUUCUUUUGUUAAUUGACGCCCAAAGUGUUCCCAAUCCUUUCCCCGCGUCGCCCGGGCCGACCGAGGACGUGUGCACGCCCAGAUCCGCUCGGUGAAGCAGCACAGAUCCACGGGGCCGAGCGGGGUUUUGAUUUUUCCCUUCUCCCUGUCUCCUUUCUACCUUUUUUUCUGCUCAGGAUUUAAAUGUCACUCAAAGCAUCCCCAGAUCAGCUUUCCGCUCGUCUCCGCUUUCUUCCGAGGCAUUAAUUGGAUCACACACUGCAUUUGAAGAGCUUGGGUGUUUUACCCACUAAGGAAAUUUGCUCCAUCUCCAGCAGCAACCACUGCUCCUUUUGAUGUUGUGGUACGCCGUGCGCAUGCGCUUCACAUUAGAAUUACUGCACUGGCCAGAAUAAGUUGGAUCUCCUCUUCACUGAAAACCUAAAUCAUAUCAAAAGCUAAAGGGAUGCUGAGAGUCCGGAAAAAGGGUUACUUUGGGAUUUGGUCAUUCCCUUUAAUAAUAGCUGCGGUGUGUGCACAGAGUGUCAAUGACCCUAGUAAUAUGUCACUGGUGAAAGAGACCGUGGAUAGACUGCUGAAGGGCUAUGAUAUUCGCUUGAGGCCAGAUUUUGGAGGUCCCCCAGUGGCUGUUGGCAUGAACAUAGACAUUGCCAGUAUAGAUAUGGUCUCGGAAGUCAAUAUGGACUAUACCUUGACAAUGUACUUCCAGCAAGCGUGGAGGGAUAAGAGGCUGUCCUAUAAUGUAAUACCUCUAAACCUUACUCUGGACAACAGAGUAGCUGAUCAGCUCUGGGUGCCUGAUACCUAUUUCCUGAAUGACAAGAAGUCAUUUGUUCAUGGUGUCACUGUGAAGAACAGAAUGAUUCGUUUGCAUCCAGAUGGAACAGUCCUUUAUGGGCUCAGAAUUACAACAACAGCUGCUUGUAUGAUGGACCUGCGGAGAUAUCCACUAGAUGAGCAGAACUGCACACUGGAGAUUGAAAGCUAUGGCUAUACAACAGAUGACAUUGAAUUUUACUGGCGUGGGGGUGAUAAUGCAGUCACAGGAGUGACAAAGAUCGAACUGCCACAGUUCUCCAUUGUAGACUACAAGCUUAUCACCAAGAAUGUUGUUUUCUCUACAGGUGCCUACCCAAGGCUGUCUCUCAGCUUUAAACUUAAGAGAAACAUUGGUUACUUCAUUCUGCAGACCUACAUGCCUUCUAUUCUGAUCACUAUCCUGUCCUGGGUUUCCUUCUGGAUUAAUUAUGAUGCUUCAGCUGCAAGAGUUGCUUUAGGAAUCACAACUGUGCUCACCAUGACAACAAUUAACACCCAUCUUCGAGAGACUCUUCCCAAAAUUCCAUAUGUGAAAGCCAUUGAUAUGUACCUUAUGGGAUGUUUUGUCUUCGUUUUCAUGGCUCUGCUGGAGUAUGCAUUGGUCAACUACAUCUUCUUUGGCAGGGGACCUCAGCGUCAAAAGAAAGCAGCAGAAAAAGCUGCCAGUGCCAACAAUGAGAAGUUGCGAAUGGACGUCAAUAAGGACAGAAGAAUAAUUGGCACAUAUCAUUGUCCAGAAAUGUAUUCAACAAAGAUGGAUCCACAUGAAAAUAUUUUGUUGAGCACACUUGAAAUUAAAAACGAGGUGGCUGCCUCUGAGGCUGUGAUGGGGCUUGGGGACCCUAGGAGCACAAUGCUGGCCUAUGACACUUCGAGUAUCCAGUACCGGAAAGCUGGUUUGCCCAGACACAGCUUCGGCCGCAACGCCCUGGAGCGACACGUGGCACAGAAGAAAAGCAGGCUACGGAGACGUGCGUCCCAGCUGAAAAUCACCAUCCCUGACUUGACUGAUGUAAAUGCCAUAGAUCGAUGGUCUCGCAUAUUCUUCCCUGUUGUUUUUUCCUUCUUCAAUAUUGUCUAUUGGCUUUACUAUGUGAACUAAGAGACAAAGCCACACAGGAAGCAAGAACUGGAUUUCUCUUCAAAUCAGUUGUACAGCCAAAAGUGGGACUUGGGAAAAUUCUAUUCUGGACAAAAAGUUAUUUUAAAACACCUUAGUUGCUGGCCCACUCUAUGGUCUGUUUUUAUAAUGUUUUGGUUGUAUCUGCUAAACCAUAUAUAUGUUAAGUUGCAGUUUGGACAUAUCCCCUUAUCAAAAUAUAAGUGCAUUUUGAGUGUAAAGGCAAAUUGGGUUUUGAAAAUCACUUCUGUCUCAUUGUUCUUCACUCUUUUUUUCUUUUCUUUUUUUUUAGUGGCCAUUUGUGUUUAGUGGUACAAAAAUUUAUAGAGCAGCAUUUGAGAAACAAGUUUUAAUUUCAACAGCAGUACAUGCCACUCUAGGGAAAGUGCAUAUCCAAGGCAUGCAUAUACACUUAAGGGAGUGUACUGAGUUGUCAUGCUUAUGAAACACUUACACUUUACUUUUUAAAUGUGUAAACUUGAAAACAAGUAGUGCCUAUCAUCUUUCCAAGAUGAUGAUGGUCAGAGGUUUCCCAACCAUAUUCAGGUAUUUCCUUUUAUUUACUGAAAGAACUGAACCUUUGACUGAUAAUAUUGGGGUUGGGUGUUUGCACAGAAGCUGAAGCAAAAAGCACUAGUUUGUUUGUAUUUUAAAGAGAGAACAUAUGCUCACAGUCACAGUGACUGUGUUUGGGAUCAAUAGAGGAAUGUAGAGACAGUAUAAAAAUGCAUCAGCACUGCAGGGGUAGAUGCUGCUGGGUUGUGUUGGGGAAACGGAAUCUGUCCAAAGUGCCAAAAUUGAUUGCCUGAGUAGUAAUUCUGUAGAUGGCUGAAGGAAACCAGUGGUUCCCUGACUUUCUCUAGGGCAGGGAGGGAGAGAAAGCAAUUACAAAGUGCAGGGGCAAGGAGACAGGAGGCUACAUAUACAUAAAAGUGUGUGUGUGUGUGUGUGCGUGUAUAAAUAUAUAUAUAUAUGUGUGUGUGUGUGUGUAUAUACACGGUGCAGAUGAAUGUUGUCAGUCGUACACACCUUAGUCUGAAAUAGUCGUGUGGAGUUGUGUGAUUUCUUCCAAGUUUUCAUCUUUCCAGCAUUAUGCUUCCUGCUGUUGGUUAAAGGUUCUGUACCUCUUCCAGCAGGCAAGAUUUGAGCACAUGUAUUUCCGUACAAGAGGUACUGACAGGGCGUUUUCUCAGUCUGGAUUAGGCAAUACCAUUUUACUUUUUGUUUUCCUUAAUGCAUUCUACUAAAGGAAAGAAAGUCAUAGCAAUCACUUUAAAAGUUUAAGUACACCCUUGAAUGUUUCCUGCUUUAGAGUGGUUUCCAUUGAAAAACUAGAAAAAAUCAGUUUUUCUUUGGGAAACUUCAUGAAUUAAAAGGUCGAGUUUUUUUCAUUCAGUUGAGCUUUAUUUUUACAGGCAAAAUAGAAUAGAAAAAAAAAAUUUUAGACCAAAAUAAUGUUGUCACUUAUUCCACUGUGGAGCUUUUUUUUGUCAUGAAAACAGCAGUGAUAAGAACUGUAUAAAAAUAGAAACUCUUGAUGGCUUUUACUAGAUCAGAUCCCCAAUAUUGUUUGACACGAUGUUUCAAGAAGCAAAAACCAGAUCUAUUGCAUCCAUACUACCUCUCAUCUGUGUACAAAUCCUUGAAAGAAAUGAGAGAGUAUAAGCAUUUUUUCAGGGUACUAAAAAAAUUCUGCAGAGUAUUUUUCAUAAAAUAUAUUUUUUUGUUGUUCCUACUUUAAAAGAUUAAUUGUCUUACAGAUUUCUGUGGUUUUUAUUUUUGCUUCCCCCUCCCCUUAUUUGACAGUGAAUGACACUAACAGGAGGAGAAUAGUUCUGGGAACUAAUAGUCAAAUAUUCAGACCUUUUUUGGAGCAUGUCAUAUGCUUAUUUCUUUUUCAAAUAACAGAGGAUGGUUUUGAAGCCUGAGAUGGGAUUUGCAAUACACCCUACCUGCCAGGAAGUUGUGUACAUUCACACACUGCCUCCAGGCUCAGACUCUGCAAUAUGUAGAGACAGGUUUUCCUCAUGUGAUUAACUUUCCAAGUCAAAAUUUUGGUUUUUGUUCACUUACUAAUUUGUAACUGCAUUUCAUGCAUAAUGCAAUAACCUUCAUAGAUGCACUUGGGAUUUCAUCAUAGGUAUGUUGGAUUUUCUUCCCAAUUUUAAGAAAUGGAGCAUAUCAAAAUUCAGUAUUUCUCUUCAAAGUUUGUUCUUUAAAAAUUAUAUUAAUUAUCCUAAAUGAAAGCAGUCUUAUAAUAUUCUUCUGUACAAGCUCUUCUUUCAUUUCAGAAAUUGCUGACAGCUCCUUUUAUUGUUUCACAGAAGCAGAGUGUGACUGCAGGGAGCUCACAGCCUUUCUGUGGUUGAUACACAUCAAAUAUAAAACCUUACAGGGAAUAUGUUGACUCUCUGCAUUGGUAACUGCUUCAGCUAUACAAAAACCACAGAGAUCAAAUCCUGGAACUGCACAUUCACUUUUCUGAAGCUACAGUACAAGCCAUAAUACUCUCUGAUGUUGCUGUUCAGAGAGUGAAAGAAAAUGUUUGGUUUCUGCUCAGGUGUCACUAGGAAAGAAAAAUUAUCUGUGGGGAAGGAGCACUUUUGCUUUUACUAUGUUCUUCUGGCUAUUAAUGUGAUAUAAAAUUAGUGAAAGAGAAAGAUUCUACCACUUUGUACUAAGGCUUAACACUGUGAUAUAAAAAGAUGAGGGUGAGAAAGGCUGGUGAGGGACUAUCAUGGAAAAAGCAUAACUCAAGCCCAAGGUAAGCACUUAUUCCUGAGAUACUUGAGUGAAAGAGAGAAAUGAUGCCAACAUACAUGAGAUAUGGGGUUUGCUAUGUGUGCUACCCUCCAGGUAAACUAGAAUAAAUUUAUUUUACUUUAGAAUUGACUGAAAAUGAAUAUUCUAGAUAUUUUUAACCAUGUUAAUUGUUGUUGGUUUCAAUAAACAAAAUAGCAAAGUUAAUAAUUUAGAUAAAACCUGUAAUAUAAUUGCACAUUUUAUUGUUCUAUUAGACAUAAUAGCCAGCAAUUAAGGUGUUUUUCAUUUUUGUGAAAUUCAUGGGGGAAUUAUGACUAUAACAUGGCACAGUUUUAAUGAAAUCUUUGAGCUCAAUCUGUAAAUAUAUACUGUACAUGACUGCUAGUAAGUAUGAUACACAUUUUCAGAAUUGAAAAUUCAUGCAACAUGUUUCUGUGUUUGCAUAAGGAAUGUUAUGUUUCUAGCCUAUCGCAGUUCAGUGACCAGGAAGAAAGACUCAAGCAAUGACAUUGUGACCAUUUAUUUUCUCAUUCCCAGGGGAGGAAAACAGAGUCCCAGAUAACAGCAUGUGGCAGAGUUCUUCAGAGUCCUUACAUUCUAAUUAAAAAAAAACCCCAUAAAAUCUGUAAGGUACUAAAGCACAAUGCAUAGAGGAAAUGAGUGGUGGUCUUACACCUGGGGAAAAUAUCCUAUUUAUUUCAGAAAAAAAAAAAACAUGCAUUAAAAUUAAACCUCAAUUAAUUUUCACUAUAAUUAUUAGACUGUGUUCCAGUCCUAUAACACAGUGUUAAACAUAAGUGAAUGGAUGUGAAACAUUUUCCAGCUGUAUGUGCAUAUGGACAUACCCCCAAAUGUCUGUAUGGACAUAUGUGUGUAUAUAUACACAUGCUGAGUAUAUAUAUAUAUAUAUAUAUAUGCACACACAUUCACAUGUUGGUGUGUUAAAGGAAUAAGCUAAUAAUAGUUUUGUUUCUACCAUCAACCAGUGUAUGAAUAUAUUUUUGAGAAAAAAAAAUUAAAAUAUUAUUGUAUUUAGAAAAAAAAAACAAACUUACUCUACAGGGUAACUGGGCAUUUCUAUAUCAGCAGAUCAAUGCUUAUGAUCCAUAUGGAGUAUUGCACCAUUUGACAUGAUGAUAGUACUGUACCUCCUUGCAUCUGGAAUUAGACUAGUCCUCACAUUGCUUGCCUAUUUCUCCUCUCUCUUUUUAUAACAGCAUUGUCUACUAGUAAGUUUUCAAAACCAACAAAUUCCUUAGGGAACCAAGAAAAAAAAAAAAAGGCAAAAAUAGUAACUAUUUCUAGAAAAUAAUCUAGGGUGGGAUGGCCAGGGUACAAUACUAUAUCAGUAGUGAUCAAAACAUUUUGCUAUGUGUACAUAGAACAUACAAUGUGAGCAACCAUAACUUAAGCUGAACGUGUGUAAAUAUUAUCAGAUUUCUUAAACAUUUUUAACUUCUAAUUUGUACUUUAUGGUAAGGCAAAAAGCUAAUUCUACUUAUGGUUUAGGUUAAUGUGUCCUAAAAUUAUGUAAAUAAUUAAAUAAGCUGUAAAUGAGCAGUCGAUAGAUACAGUAUUUGUUUAGUGACUUUUUUUACUAAGUACAAUAAUUGCAGUGCUCUAGCAGAGUAAUUUAAACACCCUUUUGCAUAAACAGAUUUGGACUCCAGAUAUAAAAUAGUACAGGAAGUGCUGUAGUGUAAAAUAGCCACGGUGGCAAUGUUCCUGCUGGCACAGCUGAUUCUUUUGUGUGGUUAAAAUGUUCAGGCCACACACUCGGUACUCAGAUUAGCCAAAACAAACAGGGCCUGGUUUUCACUUACAAUAAGGCACCUUUAUGUUGCUUCAGUGAGAGGAGAGGUGAAGGUGUCAGGAGUAAGUGAGAAUUCAGCUGUUGGCGAUUUCAUUACAGAAGCCUGCAUAUUGCAUCUGUCUGAUUCUGAAAUCUGUCUCUUAUGGUAUUUAAUAGUAGGCUUAUUUUUCUUUUAAAAAAACCCAGGAUGUUUGACUGUCGUCAGAGAGCGUAGUCCCCCAAAGCCAAAGAAUCUUCACUCCAGAAAUUGU